AGCGCGCGCGCAAGCCCCAAACUGAGCGAGAUGUCCCUGUGGGGAGCAGUACCUCUGCACCCCAGAGCGAGGAGGACACAGGGGUCGGAGGUGGCUGCUACACAGGCAGGGGAGGCACCUGUGGAAGGUGGAGGGCUGGUGGCCCCCAAGCAGUCAGGAAGGGAGGCCAGUUGGUGACAAGAUCGCCUCUCGGGCCCUGUGGGAGAGCCCGGAAGAUCUCAGCCAUGCCUCACAGCUCGGACAGCAGCGACUCAAGCUUCAGCCGCUCUCCUCCCCCUGGCAAGCAGGAUUCAUCGGAUGAUGUGAGAAAAGUUCAGAGACGAGAGAAGAAUCGCAUUGCCGCCCAGAAGAGUCGACAGAGGCAAACACAGAAAGCCGACACUCUGCACCUGGAGAGCGAAGACCUAGAGAAACAGAAUGCAGCUCUACGCAAGGAGAUCAAGCAACUCACGGAAGAGCUGAAGUAUUUCACAUCGGUGCUGAGCAGUCAUGAGCCCCUGUGCUCAGUGCUGGCCAGCGGCACCCCCUCGCCCCCCGAGGUGGUGUACAGCGCCCAUGCCUUCCACCAGCCUCACGUCAGCUCACCACGCUUCCAGCCCUGAGCUUCCAAACAGAGAGGACGGAGCCCCCCACUGCUGCUACUCCACAGACCUCACUGGAAGUAUGCACAGACCAAGGCCAGGUUGCCCUCGUACCUCCUUCUGGAGACCCAGUGCCAGAGGCUUGGACAAGGACUUUGAACACAAGGACCAUAUUGGCCAAAGGGGCAUGAGGGCUCUCAGCAAGGUACAGCAAGCCGAUGAACUGGACCCCAUGUGGUUGGAGAAGCAGCCCCCAGGGAGCGUCAUGUUGGAUGCCUGAGUCCCGUAGCACAAAGGGAGGAGAGCAGGGAAGGGACAGUUUUCUAAAUAAACAUUUUUUUAUAAGAAACCAGCCUGGGAAGGCAGUUUCCCUGGUUUACGGUGUCUGCAUUCUAUAAAUUGC